UCAUGGGAUGCAUAGCCUACAUAAAUGUUCAUGCUUGAGUAAUCAGGAGCUCCGAAGGCUGUUUUCAGUGUUAGUCUAUCUGGAAGGUUCCUUUACCGAAGGGGCCAGUCAGUACUCAUGAAUAUUCCUGGAGCAGAAAAUCACUGGAUGUGUAAAUGUUGCAGUUGCAGCGACAUGCACUUCUUUGGUCCUUUCUACAUGCAGGGAAACUCUUUCCAGGGGCAAUGAUGGCAGCUAUGCCGGAGAAGACCCCAUUGGGAAGGCCAAAGACAGCCCACUGGAGUGGAGUGAAAACUCAAAGCUUGCAGACACAGAUACCAUGCUGGGCCCUGUCAAACUCACACAGCAAGGUGACCGGAGACUUCUCAUUGACAGUGGAUCCACAGGGCUGUCGAAAUGAGCAGAACCACUUGCCUUGCGCAGACAGUCAGUGUCCAAAGUGUCCCAACACUUCAACCAAACAUCUCAAAACCAUCUGCAGGUGUUUGCCUUCUCAAAAGGACAUUGGAAGUUUUUCCUGUUUGAAUGAAGAAGGAGUCAGAGGGACUGAAGAGAUAAGGCCCAGCUCUGCCCACCAUGCUGUGGCCAAUGGCACAGGAGGCGAGUUGCCAUGGUACCUGACUGUAAUACACGAAAAGGAGCAAUGUUUGUUAAAGCUCAGCGAGGAGGUCGGUCGCCUGUCAGAGUUUGAGUGGCAGUGCUGCAGGAAAGAUCAUGAGAUAUCAGUGCUCAAGGAGAAGCUGACAGAAGUCACAGAUCAACUGUGUCUUGCUCACGAUGAUGAAGCAGUCAAAGCCCAGGCAGAGCUGAUCCUGAGCUUGAGUAAGGAGAUCCAGCGCCUGCACAGGGUGGAGGAGGAGGAGGCCCUGGAGAAGGGUCAGUUAAUCUCAGAGCUAAGGGAGGACAUCCAGAGGAUGGAACAGCCCAGCUCUCAGUGUGCUACUGGGGUCUCCACAGGGCUGGGCACACAGUCGGCUCACUUUAAGAUGCAACAAGAAGCACCGCAGAACACGUGCCCCGAUUCAGAACCAGAGAAUGUUGGGAACUUGGUGUCACUGGCUGAGCAAGACGAAUGUGAGAUGACGAAAAAGGCCCUGAUGCAAGAGUUGGAGGAUACCAAAAAUAACUACAUGAUCUCCACUGGUACGGUCUGUUCUCUGAGGCGAGCCCUGUCAAUCAAAGACAGCGAGCUGGCCGCAGCCAGGGCCCAGGUGGAGGAGCUAAAGCAGGAGCUGAGGGACAGGAUGGCACAGCUACAGGCCAUGUCCAGAAAGUUUUCUUGUCUACGGGAGGGAAAGGCCAACGAGGAACUUAUUGCAGCACUGGAGACCGAAAAUUAUGCCCUGCGGCAGCUGACAGCACAGCUGAAGGAGGAGGUGUCGCAGAAGGGCCAGGAGGCGGCCGGGGUCACGGGCGAGCUGCGGCGGCUGCAGACGGACCUGGCGAAGGAAAGGGCUGCUCAGGCUCAGCUGGAGAGGCAGGCCCAGGCCAAUCAGGACAUUAUCACCGCCCUUCACCUGCAGCACAACAGAGCCAAAGUGUCCCUGGAGCAGGUGCAGACCAGGUUUGAAAGGCUGCGGGCGAAGAUCAUUCAGGCUGCCUAUUCUGCUCCUGGUGCUAAACAACCCCAGGCUGAAAUCACUGAUGCUGCCCUUCUUCAGACCAUGCAGAAAAUAAUCGACGAUCGGACAGCGUUCCACCAAAGACUGCAACAGAAAGGAGAGAAAAUGGCUCCCCUCACAACCGCCGAGACACACAGCGUAAAAACCACACCCGCCUCAGAUAAGAACUGAAACCGACAUGUGACAGAGAAGGAAGUUGUUGCCAUAUUCUGCUGAAUACAGCGGCUGUAGCAUUUUGUCGAUUUGUCGAUUUUGUCGAUAGAGAACGUUGUACCUCUAGUUCUAAAAUCAUGGUUUUUUUUUUGCUAGAAGUUACCUAAAAAUGGUAAGUGGAAUGUAGAUUCAGUCGAGCUCAAGUGUUUCUUUAAAUCAUGAUGUAGACCAUUAGGUAGACUGAGCAAUUAAUUAUAGAAUACACUACAUUAAGAUCAAUUGGUUAGAAUUGUUUAUUUAAGGGUAGGGUAAAUUGUAUAAUUUUAACACUUGUAUUGAACCAAUUUAUGAAAUGUGGUAACAUUCUCUGGCUAUUAAUCAUACUUUUUUACACUUAUUAACAUUGAAUUUUAUAGACUACUGCACAUAUUGACAUUCAGUAUGAAUUGCAAUACACUGAGUCAGGAGAAUAUGUCCUGUAUUUCAUAUUUAGAUAGCAUAUUUAUUACUUUAACUCUUGCAACUGUACACCGGUGAGAACAGAGUUACUGGUAGCUCAGUUUUAUUAGCCAGGUCUCUGGGGAUGUAAAAAUAACUAAAACUUCAGAUCUUUUGUCCAGAUUCAAACUGCAGAUCCAAACUAUCCAUUUAUCAACUAAUUAGCAUCAACAUUAUACUUCAGUGCUUGGUACCCAAAAAGUCAUGGCAGAGAAUAAAAAGCAUCUUCAAGCAGUGUUUCGUAUUCCUUGCCCCGUGAAUUGUAUUUUAUGCCAACUUACAACAUUAAGACAGGCUUGUAUUACAGUACAUAAGCAGCCAGGUCCGAUUCAGAAUCAGUACCAGGAGUGGGUCUGUCUCUUCUAGAGAGAAAAGCCAUUUAAUAAGUGUUCAUUUAAACAGAAUCUUUUAAUUUGUGUAAAAUAUGGAGAGUAAUGGGAAAUGUUUUACAGCCUAGUUUUUUAUGCAUAAUACAGGAAACAAAUGGAAUUAUUUUACAUGACAUCAAUAAUUGGAAAAAUAAUACAACAUUCUACUUCUUUCUGUUGAACAAUUAUAAAUCGCUCAUUCUUAUAUUCUUCUCCAAGGCAUUUCUGUGACAACUUAGCUGCACGCGUGCAUGUAUGAAUGUGGAAAACAUCUCCAGCAAUGAGGUCCCACCUUAUGAAUUAAAAUGCACAUGACACAACACAACAUCACAUGUAGCAUGAAUUCCACAGUCAUUUCUCCUGGCCGUUUCAGCCACAGGUCAGCCCUCUGUUCCACAGCCAGAAUACAACAUUGUCUGCUUUUAAAUCACAUGACUGUCACACACCCAGGGGUCGUCAUCUCUCCUCAUGUUCCAGCAUCAUGAGUCCAGCAGCCAGGCAUGAUGGGAAAACCCAGUGCGAGUUAAGAAGCCUUCUGAGCCCUUUCCUCUACAUACAGCUGCAUCUGAAGAAAGAACACAUUCCAUUUAUUAAACACAUUUAAACUGUGUACACCUUUUUAAAUGCCAAUUCUGAAUGUCAGUUACACAAAAGAUAUUAAAAUAUUUCCCAAAAAUGUAAA